GCAAGGCGCGCGCCUUCACUGGCGCUGGGGAGCCGCCUGUGGCACAAAAAAGUAAGCGUGUAACGCGUCGACGCGAGCAAAGCCCCCCUCGUCUCUCCCUCUCUGUCUCUCUCACUCUCUCUCUUUCUGUGCCCUGCUGGAGGCUAUGGCGACCGCGGCGUCCAACCACUACCGCCUCCUGACGUCGAGCGCGUCCGAAGCGGGAAGCAUGCAGCAGACGCCAGCUUACAGGGACGCGCCGAGCCUGCUGCACAGCGACUACACGACGCUCCAGAGUGCCGCCAACCCACUCGGCCACGCGCACCAGUGGCUCGCGGCGCUCUCGCAAGGCGACGGCUCUCCGUGGUCUGAGCAGGACAUCAAGCCUGCGCUGCACGGCGACGCCGACGAGCUCCAGCACUCACCGAGUCUGCAGCCACAGCAGCAGCAGCAACAGUCGCGAGCGGCUCAUUUAGUACACGAGAGCGCGCAUCACCAGGACCAACACUGGAGGGCGAGCACAACGGCGCACAUGGCCAGCAUGACGAGUUCAAACGGACCGAGCAUGAUCUACUCGCAGCCGGGAUACGGAGGCGAGCAGGGCAUGCACCACCAUUCAAAUGUCCUGAGCGAGGCGCAUGAGGACGAACCGAGCCCGCGGAUCAGCGAGCACGGCCACGCGCCGAACCUCCGCCCGGGCCAACACGAGCACUCGGACGACGAUGUGCCCACAUCCGACGAUCUGGAGCACUUCGCUAAGCAGUUCAAGCAGCGGCGCAUCAAGCUCGGUUUCACGCAGGCCGACGUGGGCUUGGCGCUCGGCACGCUGUACGGGAACGUGUUCUCGCAGACCACAAUUUGUAGAUUCGAGGCACUGCAGCUUAGCUUCAAAAACAUGUGCAAGCUCAAGCCUUUGCUGAACAAGUGGCUCGAGGAGGCCGACUCAACUUCGGGCAGCCCCACGAGCCUGGACAAAAUCGCCGCGCAGGGCAGGAAGAGGAAAAAGCGCACCUCCAUUGAAGUGGGUGUCAAGGGCGCACUGGAAAGCCAUUUCCUAAAGUGUCCUAAACCCGGUGCGGCAGAGAUUAACGCGCUGGCGGACAGUCUGCAGCUGGACAAGGAGGUCGUGCGGGUUUGGUUCUGCAACAGGCGGCAAAAAGAAAAGCGGAUGACGCCUCAGUGCGCCCCGUUAACCGACAACAAGGACGUGUACGGGGACACGCCGCCGCACCACGGCGAUCGGACACCGGUUCCGUGAUUUUGGGGGCGACGGGGGAUUUUCCGUGAUUUUUUUCUCCAACUGCACAAGCUCGGACGUGUCUUUGUCUCCGCUAUAACGGCUCGUUCACGGUGGACCGAGCCGCACGAGAGCCUACGUGACACCGCAUAGGUGUUGCAUGUUGUUGCCCGAACAAUGCGGACAAGGGCGGGCGAUGGGACGCAUGUGUCGCAUAAGAUGCUCGCGCUUCACGGAAACCCAAACAGGCGCGGGGCCAUGACAAAAACCGCUUUAUUCAAGCUUAGAAGCCGAAGGAUCUGUGAAAGCACGUCAAAUCGGGGUGAAGCAGAGAGCUGAGGAAAGGGCGUUAAAACACGCCAUCUUCCCGUCAGGGCCACAAAACGUGUCAACACGCGCCGAUGCGGUGUCUGCCGUUCACUUAUUAUUAUUAUUAUUAUUAUUAUUAUUAUUAUUAUUAUUAUUAUUAUUAUUAUUAUUAUUAUUAUUAAGCUAUACUCCAACUUGAGCUUAGAGAUGUGUUUAUUCUACCUCUUUUGUGUAGUUAAGCUUGAAGCUGGUGUUUAAGUCUUGAUCAUAACAAAAGGCUGCUAAGUGCUGUUUCCCAACACUGCACACCGCAAACCAGUCCAGCUUUAUGCAGGUCACGAUUUCGCACUGCUGGUGUGCCGAACAGAAAUCCUUCUCAAUGUGAGCUAUGAUUAUACACCAGCACUAAGACAAGUCUGCACAAAUUAAGGCUCUGUGUAUUAAAUCAGAAUUAAGGAGCAACAUACCACAGACGUGCAGGAUUAUAUCUAGUGUCAUUGUAAUGACAUUUUACAAUUGAGAUUUCAGAAACUUAAACUGUGUAGUGCAAAAUAAGUGCAAAUUCAAAAGGAAUCUGGUUCAACUGGGAUCUAAAUAUGGUCUAUAAAAUGGGUCCUCUGCAUAGAGCAUCAUGGUAUUGUUUCACAACAUAUACCUGAAAAAAAUACACAUAUAAAUACAUAAAUAAAUACAUUUGCCUGAAGAAAGACAGACGAAUAUAAUGCUUUAAAGGUAGGCCUAGGCCACCGAGAGUGUCUUUGUCGUUUAAUUAAUUAAACUAAAAUAUGUGAUUAUGAUUUAUUAAAGAGAGAAAAAAGAUGUAGCUAAUUUCUCAAUUAAGAAUCGUGACUACUACAACAACAACAACAACAACAACAACAACAACAAUAAUAAUAAUAAUAAUAAUAAUAAUAAUAAUAAUAAUAAUAAUAAUAAUAAUAAUAUUAAUAGGCAGCAGCAGCAACAGCAAAUACUCUAUUACUGACCACGUCUUACUGUGAUGGAUUUAAAUGAUCUAUAAGCUCCUUAUUGCAGCGUCACCCUAAUGUAUAUUUAUACUUGUUUGUGUUUUGUAUUUAUCUCUUAGGCAACCAAAUUGUUCCUUUGACCCCUACUUUCAAUACUGUGCGCCUUUCCUGCCUUCUUUUUAUUGUCAAGAGAAAAUAUCCGACACCAGCCCUGUGCUCAGUGGAAACCUAUUUCCAUUCUUCAAAACAAUUCUUCACAUCGAAUAUAAGGUUGCUAUAAGCUACU